UAAAAGGUACACUUUAGUCCGGAUAAUCGUCGCUCGUUUACGACUCGACAUGCGAGUUAGAGGAAAUUAUACUGUUCGCUAAAGCUGUUUCUGCGUGUUAAGUGGGUAAUUAACGUCCUAAGUAGCUUUGUAGACUCGCAUCCACUUUACUACUGUGUGUAUGUACUUUUGUAUGCAAGGAAGUUUCAAAGCUGUUCAUUUUCAUAUCAAUACUACUGUUAGUAAUACAAUAGAGAUAUUCAACACCUUCUGGAGAAAUGAUCUGUAUUUCCAAUUUAUCUGUUUUGAAGCAAUAAGAAGGAUCUAGUCAAGAAGAUGUUGAAAGAGGAAAUUAUCAAGGUACAAUUAUAUUGAAAUUAAAAAAUGAUACUGUAGGAUCCAUAAGAAAUAUUUAACUUUCAAUGUAAUAUUCUUUGUAAGAAAUAUUCUUCAACGUGUUUUUUGAUCCCACAAUAUUUCAACCAAGGUGCUCGUUGUACUAAAGCUUCAGGGUGUUCCAUGCAAUCAGAGAGAUCUACUGGACCUAUCUAAAUGAAUUCUUGUGAGAUGUGUGAUUGAAUUUGGGAUAGUGAGACUAAAUGGAUCGUGAAAGAAACGGUUGGCGUUGUGUCCAAGGAUGUACAGGACAUGCGAUACAAAGAACAGAAUUCUGCAUGCGAGCAAUUUGGCUUUUCUUCGUUGUAUACUUACUGAGUAAGGGAAAACUGAAAGAUGUUGCAAGCGCGAUUAAAUGCAUGCUUUUGGAUAUGUAUGGAAGCUCGAUUAACUACCAGACCGAAGACAGAAGACUCAACAAUUGCUACAAUAAGGAGUGGUCAGAAUUUGUUUGGCGAAGAAAUGAGCGGAGAGAUAAUGGAAGCGAUUGUUUUCGAGUGAAUGUUAUGAGUAUUUUAAUAAACUAAACUUUU